UAUCUUAACAACUUCACCAUCAUGUCAAGUUCUUCCAGUAAACCCUCUAUCGAGUAUUCCGACAGCAGUACUAAGGAACUCGAAUCUUCAUGUUCCGAGUAUUCCAUGGACUCGAAGACUGGCAGGAACGAAGGGAAGGCCGACGGCACCCCUGACUUCACCGCUAUCUUCAACGUGGUCAUGACUGCUGUUGGAGUGGGUAUGCUGGCGUUGUCCAAAGCCACGUCCAGUGUGGGGUAUCUACCUGGUAUCAUCCUGUUGGUGGUGUGUGCCGCUGUUGGGUGGUUGAUGGUAUACCUCCUGUACAGAUGUCGUGUCAUGGCCCUUCAUUUGGGUAUGGAGUUUGUCCCGGCUUAUGAGGAAGUGGGAGAGGCCGCUUUUGGCAAGGUUGGGAAGAUUAUUGUUGCAGUGUGUCUGCACAUAUCACUCAUUGGGACCAGUUGUGUCCUCAUUCUACUUCUUGGUCAAAACUCCUAUCAUAUUUAUGACGGUAUCUCUGUUACCUGGUGGGUUAUCAUUUGGACAGUUAUUCUCCUGCCUGUGAACUGGCUGAAGACCAUGCGAGAGAUUGGUUAUGUUUCCAGCACUAUUGGUGUUGCUUCCAUCAUCGUAUCAGUUGUUGGUCUUUCUGUCGCCGGUUUUGUCCAGGCUGCUAACAAUGAGGGUGACGUUGAUUACGAGAUAGGUGUACCGCAACCUCUUACUAUCAUUGGUGCUUACACUACGUUUUCCUUCUCUUAUUCUGUUACUUGCGGCACGACCACUGUGGUCCACGAUAUGCGCAAUCCAACUCAUGCUCCCAAGGUCUUCCUAUUCGCCUUCGCGACGCUUGUUGUUGUCUAUGCUGUUGUGACCUGUGCCGCUUAUCUUGGCUGGGGUCAAGGCCUCCUUUGCUAUGAUAACGUCUUAGAUGCGAUGCAGAAGGAUGUGUGGGGAUACAUUUCUUUUGUUAGCAUCGUCGUAUUGUGUGCUACGCACUAUGCUGUUUUGCUACAUCCAUCUUGUAGGGCCAUCGAGGUCCUCGCAGGUUUGGAAGACGGCUCGCCGCGAGCUGAGAAGUGGGGGAAGUGGCCCACUCUAGUCGCGACUUGCAGUCUACGUAGCCUUCUUGUGGUGAUCACUGCAAUCAUUGCGAUUACAGUGCCCAACUUUUCACUGCUAGUUGAUUAUCUAUCGGCUGUGACUUAUACAUUGGUCCAUCUCAUCUUCCCUCCUCUAUUCUACAUGAGGCUCAAGUACCUGUUGUCUCGUAGUUUCGCGGAUAAGGAGCUGGCCAAGUCUGAAGGGAACUUUGGCUCAAAACGAUCAACAAUGAUAAGUAUAUCAUUGAUCAUUCUCAUGCUCGUUGCUUUGCUUGGAUCAGCGCUAACCCUCUACAAGACGGUUGAUCCUAAUGCAACGCCUGAGGAGUGUUCUCUGCUCUCAUCGUAGAGAGCAAAUGAGCAAUGCUUUUUGAGUCCAUUUAUAGGUUUCCAUUCCUAUCCAUUUCGCUGCACUAGCUUCAUCCCGUUCUUCGGGUUGAUGCUUGUAGUAGCGCUCACUUCUCAAGUCGGAUUUGGUAUCACAAGGACGAGUCGCUCGUCUACAAUGUUGGCGUUCUGCAAGUCCGCUUGGCUUAACAUGAACCGUUGUGGGCUGGUUGGGUGUUGACUUCACGUAUUCGCGUGGAUGUCCCUCAUCAGGCAGCAAUGGGACGUGUUAGAUGCUGCCAAUGAUAUGUUCUGCUCUAUUUUCAACUAAGUCAGUGCUUUAUAUUAGUGUUUAUCACAGAAGUCUUUGUGUCGUUGAAUCGCUGCUGACGCCCAGUGAAGGAGCAACAAUGCGACUGCAUCCUCGACUGCGGCGCAGCACUGUUGAACGCACCAGUGACUCCUCUGUAAUUUCGGCGUCUUGUUCCCAUCGUAAGAUGGGGUUGAUGCUUUUAGCAGUCUACCAUCCUCCUGUAGGGUAGCUGCUCGAUCUCCCUGAAGGCAUGGGAGGAGUGUUCCAUAGGCUAGUGCCCUUAUUCAGAAGUAUAGUAUGUUCAGGCUGUGCUGGUAUGCAAAGCUGUCAAUGCGUUUCUGUCAUAUAUGCCUAGUUUCGCCGCUGUGUCUGUAAUCGCCUAGGCUUCUUCCCAGUAGGCUUAGACUGCUUUCGUUUCUCGAGUUGAGGUGCAUUUCCUAUGAACCGUCCCAUAUUUUGGGGGAUUGUAU